AUGUCGGUACCUCGAAGACACAAUUACGUCGUUCCAGAGAUCCGGUUCAUUCAUCUGGAGAACAUCUUGGCCCCUGCAAGCGUGCGACAAGAUCCUAGUGUCGCCGGCUCAGUCAUGGCCUACUUCGCAGCUCUCGCCCUGCACAUUCUGAAUACGCCAGUAGAUGUCCUCCCUGAGGACCGACUGGCCAUGCACUUUCUUCGAUUCUGGCGACACGUGUGUUUCCUACAGGCUUUGCGGGCACAGAUAAUUCUGAGUCAAGUCUCGGAGUCUCGUCUGUUAGGUGAUCUAUCAACGCUGGUCUAUCUACGUCCAACUGACGUGCCUGUCGAAGACUUUCGACGUAAAAUCAUCGCAUCGGUCAUGGUUACCGGAUAUAACGCUUUGGGCAUCCUAGAUGCAUCGGACCAUCAAAACCCCGUAGUCGCCGAACGCUGGAUGACUACAUUUCAGCAGGUCGGUUGGUAUUACGAAACUGAACAGAUUGCAUGUGUGGUAUCUCUUGUAAGCAUUGACGCCAUUUCUAGACCUCUUGGGGAGUCAUGCGCCGAAGAAUGCUCGAUAUGUGCUGGAGAGCUUAACAACCCGGUCAAGCUCAACGUGUGCUCACAUAUCUUCUGUCGAAACUGUAUCGACCAUUGGGUGAGGGGCAUGAGCUGGGGAGGCACCGAGCAAUGCCCGCUAUGCAGGAGGUCUCUUUUGUAG